UGAUGAAAACACUGUAAAGAGCAUCAAUAAAAGCUAGAAACGCAAAGAAAUACGGGCGAGAGGGGAGAUUUUAUGAUCUUGAUGAACGAGAUUUCGAUCUUAAUUUCUUCUUAUAACGUUUAGAAAUUUAAUGGUUUGAGAUGGCUCGGAAAGGGGUGAUUAUUAGUGUUUAUGUUGAAUCUUCAUCAACCAUAGAUCCACAUAAAUUUGAUCAAUUGAAAAGAACUCAAGCAAAUGAAUUUUUAUCGAUGCCUAAGGGCACAAAAAGAACAAGAGGGUACGAUCGUCAUGCACAACUUUUGGCCUAUGCUCAUGAAUUAAGGCAUGAUAAUUCUACGCACCCUCAAUUUUCAUCCAAUAAUACAAAACAAAAGCAUAAGAAAAAGAGAUGGACAAGAAGGAUAGGAUCGUCAUUUCCACGUUUGUUUCGUCGAAAAAAUAAGGAGCAGAGGUAUGAACGGAUGGAAACGGAAGAAAACGAAAAUAAAUCCACAUCUAAUUUUUGUAAGAAGUUGAAGUGUUUUCUGAAAGACAUCUCAUGUAGUAUCUGGCAAUUUGGCAAGAAAUAAUAUGAUAUUUAAGCUAGGGCAGUUGAAGAUUAUAUAAGUUUGAUCGAAUUUAAUAGUUUUAGCUCAAACUUUAUAUAUGUACUAAA